AUGGCGCGCGCAAGGCGGCUUCUGCGCAUGUCCAGCGCAUCCAGUUCGAGCUCCUCCAGCACAUCCCCCGAACGCGGCGUCGACGACGACAAUGACUCCUUCAUGCUGCAAGCGAACGACUCCCAGUCCUCUCUCGGCGGCGACCUCUCGCCGGAGCUCUCACAAACGGAGGCUAUGCGACGCGAAUAUGAGGAGCGAUGCCGAGUGUCACCGGUUCACCGCUUGCCCGCCGAGCUCCUCAUCAGCAUAUUCUCCCGCCUGACAUCGCCGCGAGAUCUGCAGAUGUGCAUGCUGGUGUCGAAAGAGUGGGCGCGGAACAGCGUGGGACUGCUCUGGCAUCGCCCGCAGAUGAGCAAAUGGGAUUGCAUACAGAGCGUGGUGCGGAGCAUACGGAAGAGCAACAAGUUCUUUGCAUAUCAAGAGCUCGUGAAGCGGCUGAACAUGUCUACCCUGGCUGCCAGUGUGAGCGAUGGCACACUGGAAGGCAUGAGAGAAUGCAAGCGGAUCGAGCGACUGACGCUGACCAAUUGCUGCAAGUUGACAGACGCGAGUCUGCAGCCGCUGGUGGAUGGAAACAGAAGCCUGCUCGCCUUGGACGUCACCGGUCUGGACCAGCUCACAGACAAGACCAUGCUCACCGUUGCGGACAACUGCCUCCGAUUACAGGGCUUGAACGUCACUGGGUGUAAGAAGCUUACUGAUGCCUCAAUUGUGGCUGUCGCACGGAAUUGUCGUCAUCUCAAGCGGUUGAAGUUCAACAACUGCGUACAGCUGACGGACAACUCCAUCAUGACAGUCGCCAAUCACAGCACGCAUCUUCUGGAAGUCGACUUCUAUGGGCUGCAGAACCUCGAAAGUCCUUCGAUAACCACCCUUCUCAUCUCUUGCCAGCAUCUGCGAGAGAUGAGACUGGCUCACUGUUCUCGCAUCAACGAUUCCGCAUUCUUGGACCUUCCUGGAGACCCCGAAAUGCCAGUCACCUUCGACUCCCUUCGGAUCUUGGACCUCACCGACUGCAACGAGCUUGGCGACCAAGGAGUAGAAAAGAUAAUUCACACUUGUCCGCGACUUCGCAAUCUGAUCCUUGCCAAGUGCAGACAGAUCACUGAUCGUGCUGUAAUGGCCAUUACAAAGCUCGGCAAGAACCUGCACUACAUCCACCUUGGCCACUGUGCACGGAUCACGGACGUUUCUGUUGAAGCACUUGCGAAAGCGUGCAACCGCAUCCGCUACAUCGACUUGGCGUGUUGUAGCAAUUUGACAGACAACAGCAUCAUGAAGUUAGCUGGCUUACCAAAGCUGAAGCGAAUUGGCCUGGUCAAGUGUGCUGGCAUCACUGACAGGAGCAUAUACAGCCUAGCCGUUGGCGAGGUCAAGCACGGGCGGAAGGUCAAUGGUAUCAGCGUACUGGAAAGAGUUCAUUUGAGUUAUUGCACUCUUCUGACACUUGACGGUAUCCACAUCCUUCUCAACAACUGUCCGAAACUCACGCAUCUGAGCUUGACUGGCGUCCAAGCAUUCCUGCGGGACGAGCUUCUUGCAUUCUGUCGAGAGGCUCCGCCGGAAUUUAACGAGCACCAGCGUGAUGUCUUUUGCGUCUUCUCUGGUACUGGUGUCGCGCGACUGCGGGAGUUCCUGAACGAGCAGAAGGCACACGUGGCGGCAGCUGGCUCUGUCACGCCAUCUGUGGUGGACGAUAGCGAUCUCAUCGAUGUCGAUAUUGACGACCAGAACCCAGACUCUGACGGCAGCAAUACUCCAGUGGUGAAUGUCAACGUGCACGGCAACUACCCACAAGGCCACACACCCAUCAUCCACGGGCCCAGCUCAGCAAUCAACUUCUCACCACACGGAAGCCAGGUUGGCGCAGGACCUUCCAACCUAAGCCAAAGCGCGCCCAACCCAGGGAGUGCAACCUGGAUUGGAGGCCACGCACCCAUCAUGAUCCACGGCGGCGGCGCCCAACACGUAACGGGCAUGAUGGGAGCCACGAUCCUUGACGAAGUCGAUGGAGACGAAGCCUUCGGCGAGGGCAGCGAAAUCAUGGACCGUGACUAG